CUUGAGUCGUGUUCGCUUGAACCCCCCGGCCUCCUCCAUGGUUACCAGAUAAGAUACAAGAUGCUCCAAGAAAUUGAGGUUUCAGAUAAACAGCGAAUAAUUGUUUAGUCGAAGUAUAUCCCCACUGUUGCACGGGACGUACUUAGACAAACAGUUUCUCGCUCUAUCUGAAAUUCUAUUGUAAUCGAGCGUUCUGCAUUUUUAUUUGCUAAACCUGGCAACCCGGCUGCAGGAAGUGAAGGUGACGCUUCCUGCUAAAUGGCCAAGUCUUUGCGGAUAGGGACUGUGGCUUAUUCGUGUUGAUGUCGCCUCUGGCUGGAGCGGGGGCACUGCUUUCCCUCGCUUCCCCGCUUCGAAUGUCCCGCGGCCGCCAGGCCUGCGGUGGAGGAUCCACUGCCUUGGCUGACGUGUGUCCGCGCGCCUGGACAGGGCUGGCCUGCCAGCUCGCAGAUCUGCGCCGGCCACUGGGCAGCCAUCCCUCAGUCUGGGAGUCUCUUCCUACCUGCUUGAUCUGGAUGGGGAACAGCACAUCAUCAUCUUUGGGGAAGUCAGCAACUGCUCCUGUGAAUCAGAUCCAAGAAACAAUUUCUGAUAAUUGCGUGGUGAUUUUCUCAAAAACAUCUUGUUCUUAUUGUACGAUGGCAAAAAAACUUUUCCAUGACAUAAAUGUUAAUUAUAAAGUGGUGGAAUUGGACAUGCUCGAAUAUGGAAGCCAGUUUCAAGACGCUCUUUACAAGAUGACUGGUGAAAGAACCGUGCCAAGAAUAUUUGUCAAUGGAACUUUUAUUGGAGGCGCAACUGACACUCAUAGGCUUCACAAAGAAGGGAAAUUGCUUCCACUGGUUCAUCAGUGUUAUUUAAAAAAAAGUAAGAGGAAAGACUUUUAGUGAUGUUGGUGCUCAUAACUUUGCUAGUCAAGUGUCAGUUAUUUAAAGUGAUAAUGCCUUUUAAAUGUUUGAGGAUGUUUGAAAUAUGUGAAUUAUCUUCAUGAAAACGUAAGAAUAAUGAACAAUAAAUCACUGUGGAAACCUCA